AUGUUCAAAGAAACUUUUGCAUUAAAAGAAAUAGCUCUUCCAAACAACUUUACCAUCAAGGAGGAUGCAUCUUUUAAAGAUGUAGGUAGUGAGGCUGGCAGCCAUUGGACUGAGAAGAAAUCAGACAACACCGAAUCUUUAACUUUUGAUGCCGAUGCUCUUAUAGAACAUCACAAUGCCAAAAGAGAUGAUCAAACCUUGCGUGUUCAAACCUCGCGGUACGUGAGGAAAGAUGUCACAAAGGGAACUUUUGGCGACUGUGUGUGGGAGUAUGUGUCCAAUUCUGACAAGUCUGAUAAGGCACCCAAAGGUAGUUCAAGUGCAUCAAACACCGAUGUGACUUCAGAAGACGAGAGCACUUAUACGCUUCGCAUCUACCCUUCAGGUGGCAAGGCGUGGGGAGAGCUCGGAAGCUGGGGAGGCCAGAACGAAGACCCAACACCUCCCUGGAAACGCCUAGAAUGUGAAAACCACUAUUCAAAUACCACCAAGAUAGAAAUUGUGGCCACGGGCGAGGGUAGCGAGUUGUACGAGCCAGUACGGGCAAAAACAUGUGCAGGUAUGUUCAGUGGUUUUUCGCGUUUAAAAGAGGCAGACCUUUCGGGGCUUGACGUUGCGAGUGCCGUCUCUUUAGAGCGGAUGUUUUCCGGUUGUAAACAGCUAGUGUCACUCAACCUAGAAGCAUGGAAUGUAUCCUCAGUAACAAGCAUGGCAUCUAUGUUUCAGGGUUGUGAAACGCUUACAACUGUUGGUAACCUGGGCAAGUGGGAUACAAAAAAGGUAGAAUCCAUGCAAUCGAUGUUUGCUGGCUGCUCCUCCCUUACCUCACUUGAUCUGAGCGGGUGGGACACUAAGUUAGUGACCGCAAAGAAUGCUAUGUUCGCAGGGACCUCAUCGCUGUGGAGUAUUCGCUUGGGUCCCCCUUCCACGUUUACCCUUUUCAGCGAUGAUGAUGCCGAGGCCGCAGAGACGGCAGGGACCACAGGGACUGCAGGGGCCGCAGAGGCCGCGGGGACUCCCACUCACAGCACCUCCUUCGGUGAGGCGGGGUCUCGAAUAAUGGGCGGUCAGUGGAUGCGGGCAGAGAAGGGCGACGAGAGCGACCCCAACAAUCCUUCUAAUUGGACGGUGGUUACCAGUGAUGGAAAAGAGGCUGGCUCAGCAGACGCUCUCAUGUCUUUCCAUAGGGACUCUACCCAAGCGCAGUGGUAUAUCAGACAAAGUGCUACCGAAGGGACUUCUGACACCUGUGUGUGGGAGUAUGUGCCUAACAAUGCAGAUGCUCUCGGUGGUUCUGCUGCGGAAGGUGCUGCUGGCACUAGUGGUGAUACUGCCAAUGUCACAUACACGCUUAGAAUUCGUCCUUUGAAAGAAGGAAUUCAGGGGGUGCUUGCUGAUUGGGUCGGCAAGGUUGAUGAGGAAGCUUUGCAUGUACCUCCGUGGAAGCUUUCGCAGUUCAAGGAAUAUCGCCUAGCGACGACAAAAAUUGUGGUUGAAGGAUCAGUAAAGCCGCCAUCAGAUUGUUCAAACAUGUUUUCGGACUUUCCUAAG